GUACACUAGCUGUGAUAACACAUUCAUUGCAGUGUCACGUUUAGGAUACAGAUUCUAAGAUGGCCAUGACCAUGCGCUCCUCUUUCGCCGCCCGUGUGGCUGGCUCGCGCCCGGCUGUCCGCGCCGCGCGUCCUUCGGCCCGCACUGUGAGCGUCAAUGCUUUCUCGGUCACCUUCAAGACCCCAACUGGCGACAAGGUCGUCGAGGUUAAGGAUGACGUUUACCUGCUGGACGCUGCCGAGGAGGCUGGCCUGGACCUGCCAUACUCGUGCCGCGCUGGUGCCUGCUCCAGCUGCGCCGGCAAGGUUGUGUCCGGCACCGUGGACCAGAGCGACCAGAGCUUCCUGGAUGACAAGCAGAUGGAGGCUGGCUACGUUCUGACCUGCGUUGCCUACGCAACUUCGGACCUCGUUAUCCUGACGAACCAGGAGGAGGGCCUGUACUGAGCUCUUGUCGAUGAUUGGAACUUUGGGAUAUGGGUUGGGAUUAGCGGUCUGACGUAUCCACAAGGUGUGCUUUGUGGAAAAUGGCAAAUGUGACAUUCAAUUUUUUGUAACAUUUCAGCCUCCAAG